AUGAAUACCUCUAUGAGCCGUAUCCAGUGGUUGGACAGUCUGCGCGGCCUGGCGGCACUGAUCGUCGCUCUAGACCACCUCUUCCUCGGCACUGUCAAUGCCCCAUUUAGAUCCUACUGGGCUCAGCCUGCAGCAGAUAACCAAUAUUUCUAUCAACUGCCUCCAAUAUCCAUUAUCUUCGCCGCAAAGUCUAUGGUCGCGCUCUUCAUGGUCCUGUCGGGAUACUCUAUAUCUGCAUCCCUUGUAUUGGCUAGGAACAGGGGCGCCCUACCCCAGUUCUACCAGAAGCUCACCUCAGCAGCUUUUCGAAGGAUAUUCCGCUUGUACAUACCAGUCUUCACCAUGGCUACGGUGGCGCAAAUUGCACUGUAUCUUGGCUUCUAUCAUUGGUGGUGGCCUCAGCUCGAUGCAAUAGGCGUUGUACCAUGGGGCUCUCCUACACUGCACCUGAGGUACUAUGUGGCCUACCUGGCAGACAGCCUGAACAUCCUCGAGAUCAGCCCAAACCCUGGCCUUAAUGAUCAGUUAUGGACCAUUCCCCGUGAGUUGCGCGGGUCGUUCUGUGUAUACCUCACUAUGCUUGCGCUUUGUGGAAUCUCCCAUAGAGCGCGGCUGUGUUGCAUCAUGGCGACCGCGCUGUAUACUCUCUGGUAUGGCGACUGGGAUAUAUUUGGGUUCUUUUCAGGCCUUCUCAUGGCGGAAGUAACACUGGGUGGAGUAGAGGACUACCGCUUGCCCGAGUCCCGAGAACCAUCCGCAUCGAGCUCGGAGACUAAGCUUCCAAGCUCCCACCGCACGUUUCCUCUAUUUUGGCGGCACUACGGAUCUCAUGUACAGGUAUUAACGAAGAUUUUUCUCUUCCUAUUUUCAUUUUGGCUUCUCUGUCAACCAUUCGAAGAACAUUGGUCACCUGGCUACAGGUUCUUGGCUAGUCUCAUCCCCCCACCUUGGCGUUCGCGUCACUGGGAGUACACCAAGUUCAGCGUCAGUACCAUUGGUUCUGUUGGCCUCGUGACAUUGAUAAUCAAUGUUCCUGUUUUGCAGCGGAUACUCAGCAUACGGCCUUUCCAGUUUCUAGGCGAAGUCUCUUUUGCUCUGUAUCUGAUGCAUGUCUUGUAUUACCGCUGCCUCCGAAACCCCAUUAUGAACUUCACGUAUAGCGUCUUCACAGGCAGAGAUUUUUGGGAUGGCGAAGACGUGUGGGAACCAAUUCCAGAGUGUAUCACAGUGAGCCACCAUCCUUUCAAACAAAAAGUUCUGGAAACAAAUGCUAAUUUCGGCAAUACGUAA